AUGGAUUCAGAUAAUGAUUCAGGCAAUUCAAAUGAUGGUCCAAUCCAUCGUCGACGUACUCAAGGUACUCGUCCGCCACCACCAACGUCUCAUCAUCAAAAUUCGAUGAAUCGAAUAUCAUCGGGUAGUAAUGUUGAUCGUGGAUAUCAUCCAACAAAAGAAGAUGCACCUUACUCAGAUGAUGAUGAAGUUGAUGAAGAAGAAGAAGAUGAUGAUGAUGAUGAUCAUCGUCGUCAUCAUCAACAAUCAACAUAUCGUGGACGUGGUCGACCAUCUCAACAACAACAUUUAAUGGAUAAUUUAUAUGAUGAUGGUAAUGAACAUCAAGAUUUACCAAGAUAUACAGGUCCAUUACGUGAACAAGAUAGAUUUUUACCAAUAGCAAAUGUUGCUAAAAUUAUGAAAAAAGGUGUUCCAGAAAAAGGAAAAAUUGCUAAAGAUGCUAAAGAAACAAUUCAAGAAUGUGUUUCGGAAUUUAUAUCAUUUAUAACAAGUGAAGCAUCCGAUCGAUGUCUUCAAGAAAAACGUAAAACAAUUAAUGGUGAAGAUAUACUUUCAGCAAUGUUAACACUUGGUUUUGAUUCCUAUGUUGAACCAUUAAAAAUAUUUUUAACAAAAGUUCGUGAUGCAUCAAAAUAUGAUCGAACAAUAACAAUGGGAGGAGAAUUAACUGAUGAUAUACGUUUACAAGUUGCACAAGCACAAACAAAUCAAACAGUUGGACCUAUUGUACAAGCACAAGUUGCUACAACUGUACAAGUACAACCACAAACAACAACAACUGGUCAAACAUUACCAACAAAACCAAAUACAACAGUUGCAAAUCCAAAUGGACUUGAACCUUAUGGACAUUCAGUUCGUGUUGUAACAUGUAUUCGAAAUGAUCAACCAGGUGAAAAUCCAAAUUAUGUUUAUACAAUUCAACCAUAUCAAUAA